AUGUUUGAAGCUCCAUUUCGCAUUGCCACAAUUGGAGAAUCAGCUGUUGGGAAAACAUCCAUUAUAAGAAAUAUAUACGGAGAUCGAUUUGAUAAUGCAGAAUCUUCAACUGUCGGUGUCGAUUUUAUCCAAAUAUUCAGAAAAUACAACGGAAAGCAGAUUACUUUAGAAAUAUGGGACACUGCUGGUCAGGAACGAUUUCGGUCUUUAGUUCCUGUAUAUUGCAGGAAUGUCAAUGCUGCCUUUGCAGUUUUUGACGUAAGUCAGCCCGAAUCAUAUGAUAGGCUUGAGUCAUGGAUUCAUUUAUUCAAGUCUGUUGGUGAUGAUAGAAGACUUAUUUUUAUUGUGGCAAAUAAAAUUGAUUUACUGAAAGAAAACUAUCACGUAGUAGAAGAUGCUUGCACAUGGGCUGAAGAAAGAGGAUAUCAGUUCUUUGCAGUUUCAGCAAAAACAGGAGAAGGAAUUGAAGCUUUAAUUGAUAAUGUUGUUACAGCUCUUUACGAACACUACCCGAAGAAAGGCGAUUGCAAACAGAUCACAAUCGAAGUUAAGGACAAAAAUUCUGGUUGUUGUUAA